AGAGAGAGAGAGGGAGGGAGAGAGAGAGAUCAAAGCACAGAGGUCCCUGGGGACCUCUCUCAAUUCACAUGUCCUUCAUUCCCUGUGGACCACAGCCUCUGCUUUUCCUUCUUUCCUGGUAUUGACUUAAAGCCCCUCGACUUCCCUGCCCUGCAAUUCCUCCAGGACUUUCCUCCCAGGCUCGACCCCACAGUGUUGCCAAGGCCCCCUUCUGCCCCCCCAACCUCUCCUUCCCCUUCUCUUCCCCUUCUCUUGCCUUGAUUCUGCUGGCUGGUCUGGGGCCCGGGCCACACAGCCCCGGCCUCCAGGGUUCCCUCCAACGGCCGAGUGGGCGGGCUCUCGGAGCUCUGGCCAAUACAGGGUGGGGCCCACACUGCUGGCCUACAGCCCAGGUUGCUGCAAUAGCAGGGCUGGUUUAGGGAUGAGGGCCAGCCCCCUGCCUUCCCUCCCUGCCCCCAGGUAUAAGAGCUGAGCUCAGGUGAGCUGACUCCUGACAUCCGGUCCCAGCAGCUGCCAGCAGGCGGAUCAUGCGCCAUCGGCUCCUCUGAGGCUGCUGUAGGACGACACGGCCUCACCAGGACGAGCACACCGGUCACCAUGGGGCAGUGUCGGUCAGCCAAUGCUGAGGAUGCCCAGGAAUUCAGUGACGUGGAGAGGGCCAUUGAGACCCUCAUCAAGAACUUCCACCAGUACUCUGUGGAGGGAGGCAAGGAGACGCUGACCCCUUCGGAGCUACGGGACCUGGUCACCCAGCAGCUGCCCCACCUCGUGCCGAGCGACUGUGGCCUGGGAGAGAAAAUCGCCAACUUGGGCGGCUGUAAUGAUUCUAAACUGGAGUUUGGGAGUUUCUGGGAGCUGAUUGGAGAAGCAGCCAAGAGUGUGAAGCUGGAGAGCCCUGUCCGGGGGAGUUGAGAACGUUCUUCUGGGAUUCUUGAGGGGAUGGUGGGGAAAGGGGACCUCAGAGACCAUGCGCCUAGACACCCCUCUCCUCCUCCACAUGAUUCCGCAGUCUGCACCUGCCUCACCUCUGCAAGGUUCAAGUCCUUAGUGAUCCUUCCCGGGGGGGUCUCUGCGUCCUUCAUCCCUGGGAGCUCCAUGGAACUAACGGGUCCAGAAGUCCCCACCAGAGGGAGGCUCGGGGCGGGGGUGGGCCCAGGGGUGGAGGUGACAAGAUGCUGGAGGGAUAAGGACGGGCUAAGGGCCAAGUAAUCUGGUUGUGGGCAGGGCAGAGAGGAGCCGGGCUGCUGGAUAUGAUUUGAAGAAGAGGGCUGGGAAUGGGGCUGGAUAUUUGGUACUAAAAAGGGUCUCUGAGAGCCUACCCUUCCUAAUCUCUUCCCCAACCCAAACGGAAACUGCCCAGUGCUACACCUUCCUGCCUCCAGCUCGGCCCCAGCUUCUCCUAGGACUCUGUCCCCAGGCUGGGGCUGGGGAAGAGAGCAGGCUGGGGGGGAGGCUGAGGAGGGUGUGACUUUGGGAGAGGGCCUGCUGGGUGCUUGGGCAUUUAAAGAAUGAUGGUUGUUUUGUAUCAUGUGAUUAAUAAAACAAAAAAUGGAAACAGCGA